AUGGCCGCCGCAAACAGAGACAACGUUUCUCAACCUAAGAACGCCGCCAUGCAAAAAAACACCGGCGAUUCCCAGGUCCCAGACCUCAACCUGGAAUUCUCUCUCGACCGGAUUUACCCCGAGAAUUCCAACCAAAACCCUCUGGCUCGGUCCUCAUCGGUGGCCACAAUCUUGAGGCCUCAGGAACCCCAAGCGGCGCCGCAUAGGGCGGUUUCUCCAAUUCGUUCCGUACGGCUGCCGAGGGCAAGCUCGCUUCCCACAGAAAAAGGUCUGAGGUGGGUGAUCAGGCCCAAGAACGUUCGAGCCUUGAGAAGGCUGGAAACCAAACAGAAGAUAGCUCAUCGGCAGCAACCAGCUGCUUUGCCGGAGGUGGCCAGGGCUCCAGCAGCUCUGGAAGCUCCAGUAGCCCCAGCAGCUCCGGCACCUCCAGCAGCUCCAGCAACUCCGGCAGCUCUAGCAGCUCUGGCAGUAAUCCUGCCGGAACUCAAAGACAGUAGUGUGUCGUGUGCUUCCAACGGUCCCGGGGCCUUGGAGACGGUACUCUAUCAUUACAAAGCGGAGGGGUAUUUGACUGUGUCUCGUGCUGCAAACGGAGCACAAAGUGUUGAGACGUUACAUUCGCAAAGGAAUGUCACAGUACCAUUAAUGGCCACCUCUGCAACAGCGGCUACAACAAAAGAGGAUGGCCCUUCACAAAGCACACCGGAAAGCCCCUCAAAGAUGGUCGAACUUGAUUCUGGGGACGAUAUGGUUUCAUUGAGAACCACCGGAGUGGGCGGAAGACAAAUCAAAGGGAUCCUUUACGCUAGGGAUGGCGAGGUAAACAUCCUGUGUGUUUGCCACGGACUUUUCCACUCGCCGGCACAAUUUGUGAAGCACGCCGGUGGGGAGGAAGUAGAAAAUCCCUUGCGGCACAUUAUGGUCUGCCCUUCCUCAUAUUAG